AUGAACGUCGCUGAUGCCCACAAAUGGUUGACCACAGUAGCCUCGGGAUGUCUAGAGGGAGUUGCGUCGUGGUCCACCUCGGUCACCUGUAAUGUGACCACACUUGCUCUCUGGGAGCAUCGCUGUGAUCCCGGUUCUGAAGUGUUUGCCUGUGCGCUCCCGGACUUUUUGUACAUACCCAACGAAAAUAUGUCCCGCUUGGUUGAGAACGACAAGGCGGCAACGCGUAAGAUUAGCAUCCACAGCGAGCACAGAAGAAUGAGAGAUGAGCUCAAUCGGGACAACAUUCUAGCGUACGAUGCUGCGAUGCACGGGGAACUGAAGCACCCGCGGGCAAUUCAUAUCUUCAGAAGUAGACUAAAAGUGGUUGAGAUACAGCUCGAUUUGGAGUACGCCGCCUUUGUUGAUGGAUAUAUAAAGGAAGUGAUCGUGCCGCCUACCGAAAAGGUGUACCCAUUGCGCUACCUUGAUCUCAAUGACAACGCAAUCUCAGACCCUCGCAACCUGAGCAAGCUGGUGAACCUACAGACGCUAAACUUGUCGCGGAACAGGUUCAUGCGCUUGAAUGCGGAGGUGUUCAAAGAAAUGACCAAUCUGUCGACCUUAUCCCUAUCGAUGAAUAGGAUCACGCGGCUGUCCUUUGAAAUGCUUCCGCCCAAGCUCGAGAGCUUGUAUCUUCACAUGAACAUGUUGGAGGGUGUAGAUUUCACCGGCGCUCAUUUACCCGUACUGGAGGUGUGCUCGUUAAGCUACAACUUUAUUACCGAGCUAGAGGUGUCGACGGUGCUUGCAGCUGCACCAAACCUGAAGCGAAUAAUGCUGAAACAUAACGAAUUCGGUAGACAUAUUGAGGGUAACAUUAGCGCCAGUCUGAAGGAGGCCGGGGUGGCACACGACGACGACUUUGGUGGGGAUCAGUCUGAGCAGAGGGAUUAUUUCAGUUACGACGAUGAAGACGACGACAAGGAAGAUGAAGAGCGUUUUUACAAGGAUCGCAAAGCGCAGUUAUACGAGCGCACCUUUUCUUGGCUGCUUUUGUUAUCGAACUCGGCCGUGGUAGCAUGGUUUUCCUAUGAUUAUUACAAGCAAAGAAAAAUAGAAACAUAAAAAAAUAAUUCCAUUUAGUGGCUUCUAAUGCUAUUUAAUUAAUACAUACAGCUAU